GGGGAGGGCGGCCAUGAGGCGGCGGCGGCUGCUGGUGGUGGUGGUGCUGGUGGUCUGGGCGCUGCUGCUCGGCUCCUCGGGAGCUGCUGAUCAUCUAUCAGAAAACACCACUGUAUCUAUAUCUGGAACAGCAACCAACGUGACUAUAUCUCACAACUCAACAACAACUUCGAUUCCAAUCACCUCAACAACCACUGUGUCUACAUCUGGUGCCCCAAUUCACAUUGGGAACACAACUUUGCAUCCAGCCACCUCAAAAACAACCAUGUCUACAUCUGGUCCAGCAACUACUAAACCUGGCAACGUGACUAGUACCAUACCUCACAUUGGGAACACAACAAGUAUUCCUGUUACCACAAUCUCUGUACCCAUAAUUUCACAUUUUCAUGCUGGAAGUUUUAUAGGUGGUAUUGUGUUGGCUUUUGCGCUUGUAGGUAUUUUCUACUUUGGACGUAAAUUCUGCAUUUCCAGAAGUGGCACUCGAUACAGAACCAUUGAAGAAACUGAGGCGAUAAUCUAAUCCAUUCAACCAAGAAGACAUGUUGGAAAGUUGCCCUGCUUUUAAUGAAUUUAUGUUUUAAAGAUUCUAUCUUGUUUAAAGAAAUACUUUUAAAGCAUUUUAAUGUAUGCAAUUUUAAAACUCAAUGUGCCUUUUAGCAAUAUUGGUCUUCCAAGACAUCAGGGUUCAGUAGCUAAAAUCACAUACUGUAUAUCAAAAAUAUCUGGGUUCCAAGGAUUUGGAUGCAACCCAAAUGGUACAAAAUCUCACUUCCAACAGAUUCAGAUAUCCAAAGCCAAGACUUAGAUCUUCAUAAAGCCAAAGUAUUCUGUUUUGAUCAUCUAAGGCGAGCUCCAAAAGCUCUGCUUUACUGGCAUGAUGGGAAUAUGAGCUAUUCUGAAUUUGAUAUAUAGUCAAACGUUUAAAUGUGCAUUGUCACAUUUAUAUGUGCACCCAUUCGGUUGUAAUUAGAAUUGUUUAAAUCAUACAGAUGGUGUUUUACUGAGCUUUAUUUGUUUUAGAAUUGUUUCAACUGAUGUUUGAAGUGAUUAAAUGAAAAAUAAAUUGCUUUCUGGGAAGUGUACAGCUUAUGUUUCAGUCAAAAAAAAAUUGAUUAAAUAAAACAUUUAAUUUCCCUGGCUUGACAUGUGAAACAUUUCCUGAACCUCAGAAAGCAUGUAAAUACUUUGGAAGCCUAUUUGUGUUUGUUACAUAACCACAUUUUUAGUGGAACUUUUCUGAACGUUUCAAACGUAACAUUUCUUUUUCAAUGUGCAGUUUAAAAUGUUUGAUUCUAGCAAUUGUAAAUUUAAACUAGUUGGUCAAAAGAAACUUGUAACCCUAGACUAUGAACUAUGAAAGUAAAAUGGGGUACGUUAUGGAUUCAACAUAGUAAAUGGAUUACAAACUUGAAAUGUA